UGACAUUUUUUCCCUUUUGUUUAAAGUGACCGUAACUUGCCUGUUAUGGUCAUUUCGUACUGCUUUAGUAAAAUUAUGUUCCUCCAGUUUUACCGGGAAUCCUUUCAACAAGAGGUUUUUAGGAUUCCCAAAUGUUGCAUUACAAAACAACGACGAUGACUCAAGUCUCAAAUAUAUAUCUGAGCCCCGUUGUCAGGCGCCGGUCACAUGGCUCACAGUAGCAGUCACAUGACUUUCCGGCUGGUCUCGUUUACCCGCAGCUGCCUUUGGAGGAAGUGGCUGUACGGAACCCACUUCUUCUGUCGCAUUCAAAAAACACAAGUGGGUAAAUCGCAGCGAUGUUCGCAGCCGGUUUGUUCGUGUGCUCGCUGGCCGCCUUUCAGCUCGUCUCCCGGGCUCAGUACGCCCCCGACGAGGUGACCCACCUGCCGGGUAUGUCGUUCAAACCCAACUAUCGACAGUGGUCGGGUCACCUCCAGGCACGGCCCGGGACCUUUCUCCACUAUUGGUUUGUGACGUCUCAGAGGGACCCGGUUAAAGACCCCCUGGUGCUGUGGCUGAAUGGAGGCCCGGGCUGCAGCUCGCUGGACGGAUUCCUGUCGGAGAACGGACCGUUUCACGUAAAUGACAACGGGGCCACAGUGUACGAGAACACGUUCAGCUGGAACAAAAUUGCCAAUGUGCUGUAUCUAGAAUCUCCUGCAGGAGUGGGAUAUUCCUACUCUGAUGACAAAAAGUAUGCCACCGAUGAUGACCAGGUUGCUGAUGAUAAUUACAAAGCCCUGCAGAGUUUUUUUGCCAAAUUUCCAAAUUUCACUCAAAAUGAGUUCUUCAUCUUUGGGGAAAGUUAUGGUGGAGUGUAUGCACCCACCCUGAGCCUGCGUGUGGCUACUGGAGAUGCCCAAAUCAACUUCAAGGGCUUUUCAGUGGGAAAUGGUCUGAGCAGCUAUGACCUCAAUGACCAAAGUUUGAUCUACUUUGGUUACUACCACGGCCUGUUUGGAGAAGAUUUGUGGCGGGAUCUGAACAUAAAUUGCUGUGACAAAGGGACCUGUAAUUUCUACAACACCAGCUCGAAGCAGUGCAACACGAUGGUGAAUAUGGCCUUUGGUAUUGUGUAUAAUAGUGGACUGAAUGAGUAUGCCCUUUACCUGGACUGCGAGGGUGGCAGACAAUUCCACAGAGGCUACCAGAGGACCAUGAGCCACCUGUUUACGAACCUCAGGAAACAUCCACACUCACACAAGUUUUUAGGUGGAGCGUCUCCCUUCCCGUCUCUGCGUGAAGUCCCGCCUUGCAUCAACAGCACAGCUCAGCUGAACUGGCUGAAUAGAGGCGACGUGAGGAAAGCUCUGCACAUUCCAGACACACUCCCACCAUGGGACAUCUGCAGCGAUGACGUCGGGGAUCAAUACCGCAACCUGUACCCGACCGUAAAGGAUGUGUACCUGAAACUGCUCUCCUUGGGUCUGCGUGCGCUCGUCUACAACGGAGACACCGACAUGGCCUGCAACUUCCUCGGGGGCCAUUGGUUCGUGGAACACCUCGGCCUGGAGGCAACCACUAAGUACCAGGCUUGGCUCCACGACAACCAGAUUGCUGGUUUCUACGAGCAGUUUGGAAACAUCACUUUCCUGACAGUCAAGGGUGCAGGUCACAUGGUUCCUCAGUGGGCUCCAGGUCCAGCCUUCCACAUGUUCCAGUCUUUCAUCACGAACGGCUCCUACUGAGCCCGGAUGGAGGCUGCUGCAUGGAACAAACCUGCACUCAUCACUUGUUCGAUGGGACAUUUUUCUUUGGGAAGAGGAUUUUUUAAGGGAAAGACUGUUCUUUUUAUUGUGAAGUGUGUUGAGUAUUUGAAUGGAGACAUAUUUGUUGUUGGCUUUCCUCUGCAUCACAUUAUAUGAAUGAACUAUUCGAGUGCCAACUUUGAGGAAUUUACAGCCUUUUUAUACUGUGUUCAUUUCUGAGGAUCUCAAACGAUUUUCAUGUGGCACUGAUGUACAGCUGUAUCCUGGUGUUUUUUUAAUGACAUGUUAAGCACAAGUGUGCCAGGGAUAAAUGUUGAUUGUUCCAAACUUGAAUGAAAAACUGCCUCAAUCCAGACAAACUUUACUUUUAUUUGUCUUUUAUUAAAUGUUUUGAACUGUCAGCAUCACAAUACAUGCCAUUUAUUCACAUACCUUCAUAGUAGAUUAUUGAAAUAACACAUUAUUCCAUUGAAGCAUUCAGGAAAUUCACGUUUGUAGAGCAACUUUCUC